CGCCAAAAAAAUAUGAUGCCAGGAAAACGACGUCCUUUUCUAGACAUAGCCGAUCGAGCUCCAGGCUGCUCUGCUACAUAUCUCAUCGAUCACCAGCGCGCGCUCUUUCGAUUAUCCAUGGUCAUAAGCAUCUGGUCUAGUCAAAUCUAGCUCGGUCACGCGGCACCAGACGGGGCAGGAUGUUCGGAGCAGUGAAGCAUGCCGUCGUCUUGGCGAAGAAUAGCCGACCCGUGUCUGCCUUCGCGAGCCACUUCUCCGCGGCUUCCACCUCGCAGAGGUUGGCCGGGAAGGUGGCCGUGAUCACCGGCGGCGCGAGCGGCAUCGGCAAGGCGACGGCCGCGGAGUUCGUCAGGAACGGCGCCAAGGUCGUCCUCGCCGACGUCCAGGACGACCUCGGCCACGCCGUCGCCUCCGAGCUCGGCCAUGAUUCCGCAUGCUACACGCGCUGCGACGUGACCGACGAGGCGCAGGUCGCCGCGGCCGUCGACCUCGCCGUGGCGCGGCAUGGCCGCCUCGACGUCAUGUUCAACAACGCCGGCAUCAGCGGCACCCUAACGCCCGUCCCCCUCGGCUCCCUGGACCUCGCCGACUUCGACCGCGUCAUGGCCGUCAACGCGCGGGCCGUGCUCGCCGGCGUCAAGCACGCCGCGCGCGUCAUGGUCCCCAACCGCCGUGGGAGCAUCAUCUGCACGGCCAGCACCGCGGCGGUGCUGGGAGGCGUGGCGUUCCCGGCGUACAGCAUGUCGAAGGCUGCGGUGGUGGGCCUCGUGCGCGCCGUGGCCGGGGAGAUGGCGCGCGCCGGGGUGCGCGUGAACGCCAUCUCGCCCAACUACAUCCCGACGCCGAUGGUGAUGCGGUACAUAGCCGAGUCCUACCCCGGGACGAGCGCCGAGGAGCGCAGGCGGAUCGUGGAGAGGGACAUGAAUGAGAUGGACGGCCCGGCGCUCGCGGCGGAGGACGUCGCCCGCGCGGCAGUGUACUUGGCGUCCGACGAGGCCGGGUACGUGAACGGGCAUAACCUCGUCGUCGACGGCGGGUUCACGGUCGGCAAGGUGCCGAAAAUGCCGGCGCCGUGACGUUGACAGGUCUUUGAUGCGAUCAAGUGUUCUGCCUUGGACCAAUUGGACACGUUCGUUCUUCGCCGUUGCAGUUGGACAACCUGUUACGCUUCAUAGUACUCCCUCUGUUUACCACUUAAAAAGAAGUACUCCCUCUGUUUUUUUAGUCUGGAUAUAAUAUUUGAACAACGCUAUGCA